AUGCAGCCGACGGAAGACAUCCAAGCGCAGGAGUUCUACCACGGUCUAACUCUCCAACUCUGGUACCACGGCCUUUUGCCGCGCGAAGACAUUCUGGUCCGUCAGCAAAAUAAUAGUGUAACCCUCACUUGACAUCAUGAGUGAAAGUUAUUGUUCUUUAUUAGUUUCAAACAGAGGAAAGUGCAACAGCAGGAAACAAAACCAUUGGACACUUUGAACUUACUGAAAAUAAGAGUUAGUGGACUCGUGUGGUCUUUUAUCUUUACUUUAACAUCCCGAAAGUUGUGAUCCAAUCAAUCUCUGACGAAAUAAAUGGGAAAAAUUGAUAAUUAAUCAAAGAGAACUUAUUGCGAAACUCAUUAAUCGGAUCACUUUUGGAGGGCAAACAUAUGGGCUCAAAACUUGAAAUCAAAUCCAGUUUAUUCUAAAAAAUCUAAAAUUUCUACUUUUUGGUGGAAAAAAAAACAUUUUUUCGAAUAUGCUUCGCGGGUUCGAAUUGGAGGCACAUAUCUCCUUCGUUUCUCGGAGUACAUUCUAUAAAAAACUUGAAAUGUUAUGACAACAGUAAGAUUGACGUGAUUUUCUCGCAACUCUUAUUUUUAGUCGUUUUUUUUUCUUUCAACUUGAGAUUUUCCAGUAUCUUUCUCAAAGAAUAUGAAAACUCUUGAAACAUUAUUAGACUUUUGUGUGGUUUCAUUUUACUUAGUACUUGAGUCUAGCCGCUUAAAGUUUUGCGAUUUACUGACGCAGGUUUUUUGGUGUUUGAAAGUAGAAGCUAAGACGGAAAUAUCCUAGAGAAAACUUGAUUAGACGGAGUUUUCAGAAAAGUCAUAGGGAGCAAGAAAACUCGAAAACUUUGAAGGAUAAACAAAACGAUGUCAAAAAAGUAUGAUAUUUCAUUUUUGUUUAGAUGAUGUUAAAGAAGACUGGAGAUUUCUUGGUACGAUCCACGGAGCCGGUAGCGGGGGAAAAGCGUCAGUACGUACUUUCGGUUAAGAUCAGCGACGUUGCAGAAGAUGCCGGCGUAAGUUGCGUUCGAGGUCAAUAGUGAAUCGGUCUAACUGGGCUGCAGAUCAAGCAUUUUGUGAUCAAAGAAGCAAUGAACAAGUACAUCAUUGAGAGGAUGGCGUUUGACACUGUCACACAGCUCAUCGAACACUAUCUCAACUCAGCAGAACCUCUCAAUAAGGUUGAUCUGCGCCAAGAAUGAAAAGAGAACAAGAUUUUCCUUCUAGAGUGAGACAAAGUUUUUGAAUGGCUAAUCACAACGUUUAUUAGAAUGUGGUACAAAAUUUCAAGCGUUUUUGCAACUUCUUGCAAAGGCAAUAAUUAUAAAUAAAAGUCGACUUUAUGCGAUUUUUUGAGAGUCUGACUUUCCUGAAUGUUUCAAAAAAAGUUCUAUUUCAUGAAAAAAUGUGAAGUCGAACUAUUUAAUCCAAGCACACAACUUUUCCUUUUAAAAUAACUGUCUCUAAACUUACUGAAAAACGUGCGCUUUCCAUCGCACACAUAUAUCCACCUUUUUUUGAAUGUUCCUCCCAUCACACAUUUAUUCAGUAUUCAGAGAAAAUUCUUCGCUGAAUCUUGGGCUAAUAGAAGAAUUGUUUGUCGGUUCAUGAAAUAUUUGUUGCUCAAGAAAGGCACGUAGAGCAUCUCGCCCUUCUUUUGAUAGUAGCAGAUGAUUUUCGACUGUUCCGACAAUCACUGCUUCUCUAUGUAGGAACAGGACGACGUCCAGCUUGUCCAGGGCUGGCUGGCGUCGGAUCAAAUCGCAGGCGAGAGCGGUGAAUAAGACCGACCAUUCUGAGGGUGAAAAAAAAAGAAUGAAAAAAGUCAUUCGAAAGCUAAAACAACCUAAAUUUGAUCGGAAAUUAGUCUUACUGUAACUUCAAGACCUUCUUCAGGUGUCGAACGCAGUUCUGAAGACUCCAGUUCUGCGCGAGCCUUGGGAGAAGUCGCACGCCGACGUGCAGCUCAUCAAGAAACUUGGCGAAGGAGCGUUUGGAGAAGUCCACAGCGGCAAAAUCUGCAUUGACGGCUCUUCGGUGGACGUCGCUGUGAAGCUUGUGAGAAAGGAGUGGACGUAAAUUUCUAAAAAAGCGUGUCAGGCAAAACUCGAAACAAUGACCAAGGAGCAAGUAAAGCAAAUUAUGCGCGAAGCGCGACUCAUGCGAAGGUCAGUUGAUUUUUCAAAAAAACUUUUCAGAGAUGAACCAUUAAUUUUUUUAGCUUGAGUUUGAAAUAAUUGAGAAAAAAAUAGAUUAAAAAAACACUUUCUCAACAUGGUUUUCCGUCAGAAACGCGUUGGAACUUUUUCUUGUUCCGAAGAAUUCUUACGGCGAUCUAAUACCGGAGAACGAAAAAACAAAAACGAAAAAGAAUUUUUCGAAAAAAAAGCAAUUUGCAAAAAUAAAAACCUUUGCGAAAUCAGACCCAAGAAAAAUACUGUUCACAUGGAAGUAUUUGCUCAAGUCAUGAAGAAAAGAUUUCGAAAACCAAUGAUUAACAAUAUUUAAUAAUAUUGAAUAAUUUAAAAAUGAAAUCUAAAAAAAGAUUUUUGGCGCGAUCUUGACGUACGCUACUCCGCCGUGAAAAAGUCAUUCAUUUCUAUAUGUAAUUUUUUUAAAAAAAAUUUUUUUGUUAAAUCAAGCCAAUAUUUAAUCCAUCUUUUUUUCUUGUGAUCUUUGAAAAUAUGGAAAAAUCACGUCUACGAAGUUGCAGAUUUUCCGAAUUCAAACUAGCUUUGCGCAAGCUGUUACAUUCUGUCUCAGAUUCUGGGAUUCUCCUCUUUCUUUUGAAGAUUCGAUCACCCGAAUGUUGUCAAGUUUUACGGUGUGGCGGCUGGACAGGAGCCGCUGAUGGUGAUUAUGGAACUGGUGGGUGAAAUGUUUCCAAUGAGUCUUUUUCUUUCGUUUGCAUUCUCAGGCAGACGGCGGAGCACUCGACUCGUUUCUGAAAAAGCAGUACCCGCCAUUGAGCAAUGCCAAGAAGUUGGAGAUGAUCAUCCAGGCGGCCUUCGGUCUCGAGUAUCUGCACUCGUGCAAUGUGCUCCACCGGGACAUUGCCCUUAGAAACUGUCUGUAUGGAAAAGGACAGGUCCCGCAUUUUAGACUAAAUCGCAAAGUCGUUCCAACACAGUUUUAGGUGAAGAUAUCGGAUUUCGGAUUGUCAAGGGAAGGAAGCGUCUAUCAGAUGCCUCCGCACACAAGGUCUGUUGCGAGAAAUCUCAAGAAUCCCGCAUUUUUUAUUUUUUUCCCAUCUGGAAUGAUGUUAUUGAAACUUCUCAGCGGCUUGAAACUGUUUUUUCGCAGAGUUCCUAUUCGUUGGCUGGCCCCGGAAACCAUGACGGCAAUGAUUUACACGCAACAAAGCGACGUUUUCGCAUACGGUAUCCACUAUGGAAGGGUUUUCAUUCCGAUUUGUUCAGGUAUAAUGUGCUGGGAAGUUUACGCCAACGCCGAAGAACCCUACCCAGGGAUGACAGUUGCUGAAGUGGCUGUGCGAGUGAAAGGCGGCUACCGUAUGCCUUUCCCGAAAGACACCCCCCUCGAAGUCUCUACCUUGAUCCUGGUUCGUUGAUAGCUUCUGUCGGAAAUCGCGUUGGUUUCAGAAUAAGUGUUGGCCGGAAGCCCAUGCUGAACGUCUUUCGAUGGCCUCGCUGGUCAAGGAACUGCACAAGAUAGAAUUUGUUAGAUCUUUUGAUUCUUCUUCGGCUGAUUUCAAACACGAUUUUUUUUCUUUUACGUUUUUGAAAGGGUUUAUAAAGGGAUAACCCUUUCGUAAAAGUCUUGAAAAAGCGUCAGAAUUACUCUCUUUGGCGAAAUCAAACUCUUUAUUUAUUAUUCGAUAACUAACCUGCAGAAAUUUCAAAGUAGUACGCUCAAAUUUUCGUCUCACAAGGUAAAUUCCAGCUUCAGUUUGAUAGGUUUUAAUUUUUAGAGAAAGAAAAAAAACUUCAACUUUGCUUUUGAGCUGAUUUAACUUGUAUUCUACGUGGUGUUUUUAGUUUUUUUUUUUAUGAAACCCACUAAAUCGAAACGGAGUUUUUGUAGAAAGUUCCGUUCUAUCAUUUUUUUCUUAAGAGGCAGCCGAGCUUCAACACCGACGACGACUACUUUGCGGUGCGACGGCCGUCGCGAGAAACCUCUUCGAACAGUCAGUCGCUGUCGAAGGACAACCCCGUGGUCCGGAAAACCCGGUCGCCCGUCGUCAAAAGACGCGAGAAACGCAAGACGACACAUUCCCAAAACAAGAGCAAAAUGGAGACUUCCAAGAUAAAGGAACAUUCUAAGGCGGUCAGUCAUCAAAUAUGACUAUUUCAUACCAGUUCCAAAAAAACAGUUUAUUUUCCAAAAGUGAACUCAAUUCAAUUGGAAUUUGAAAUUCGGAAUGAAGUUUUUUUUAACAGUUUCGUUUCGUAAAAUGGAAACCCCGGUCAAAAAUCGGCUGUUUCCUCUCGUUUUUGAAUAUUUCUGAAUUUUUUUUCCUGGAAUUUUCAACUUUUCAUCGAAGUGAUCUCAUUCUUUUAAAGUGUUUGAGAAUGCUGAAAAAAUUAGGUCAUAGGGAAAAACAAAUCAAUUAAUGAAGAGAUCACACAAAAAAUUUUUUUCUCGACUUUUUUUCAUAUUAUUUGCUCUAGUCUACUUUAAGUUGUGCAAAUCACUAUCAUUCCUGAUCUGAUUUCAGAGCAAAAUCGCGAGUAAGAUUAUACCCUUCCGAGCAAGAAAGGAUCGGAAAAGUGUGGAAAGGGCUAAAGUGAAAGAAGGUUUGAUUGCUUUUCCGGCUUCAGACUUCCCGAAAAAUUAAGUUUUUUCUUUCGGAAUUUCUUCGAGGUUUUUCUAUGCAACCAUCGAAGCACGUGUUUGAGUAUUUCAAGAUUUCCGUUCAAAUUGAAACUCACAUACCAUCAAAUGUGCUAAACUUGAAAGUUGCCAAUUGGUUAAGGUCAAGUGGUGAGGUGGAAAAAAGAAAACUUUAAACGCACAUUUCAAUGAAAGCCACUUGACGAAAUGACUGUUUGAUCAUCGAUUAUUUCUCUUCUAUGCCGAAAAAGUUAGCAUCCAGCAAAAAAAAAAGACGAUGAAAGUUGCAUUCAGAGAAAAGUUUUGACUUUUGAACUUUCUUGAGAUGGAAACGUGUUUCGCAAGACUUGCUUUCUCAGAGAUUUUAUAGCGUAAUCUAGAGAUUUUUACAACUUUAAACAGCAAUUUUGGUGGCGAAAGACAAAUUUUAACCGUCCCAAUAUACUAAAUUGGGUGCUCCAUGUGACUUUUAAGUUUUUUUGAAGCUUAUUCGGCCCUGUUAAACUAACGAGAACUUGAAAACCGUAACGCAUUGUUUUCUUUGCCACAUAGAUAAGAAGUAGAGUCAAGGUUAUCUGACGUGAGUUUUUCUCACAAAUUAGAACUUGGAAACCAUUUUAUCUACGUGGAAUAUUUCCUAAAGAUCGAUUUCUGCAAAAGACAAGCAGAGAUCAGAGUUACUCAGAGAAAAAAAAAGUGAGAAAUAUUUUUCCUAAUUCCUGAUGCUUGCAGAUGCCCAGGAGUGA